ACCAGUGCACACGCACAUCCUGCAGCAGCAUCUCAGCAAGCAAGCAAGCAAGCAGCAGCAGCGACGACGACGACCGGGGUGCGCGACAGUCCAGUCGCGCGCACGGCUUCUUCCACGAGCACGCCACGCGACCGCGAACGACGUCGGGAAGCCGCCGCACGUGAACGCCGAUAAACUCCCACCGCCGUCGCGAAACAAGUGCCGGACCGAUUGCUCCUUUCGCGCCCGCGAAACCGCUUCCGCGCCGCCGACCCUGCACGCACAGGACUCUGCCACGCGGACUCGAGAGAGACCGAUAAGGGAUCGUUGUCGCCCGCGACUUCAGUGAUAUCGAUAAACCACCAUUGAGCGAUCCCAAGGAACGCGACUUUCGCGACACUUUCGUGCACGAUGCGUGGUGAUUGUGCGAUCUGUCAUCUAACUGGCGACUAUCGCGUUCAUAUAGGACUGUCAGUCGUCUGCGGGAUUUCGAAGAUCUUUUGGAGGAGAUGCUAGUUCAUUCGUGAGACACGCUCACUUGACACAAGUCGUACACCGGAAAUCUUAGACAUUCGUUGCGAGUGUGUGACUUUUAAUCGAAUCCUUCCACUCGAGUUCAAUUGACGAGCAUUCGAAGUGAUCGCAACGUGUGUCCUGCCGCGGGCUGACAGUAGACAGUGUGUCGAUGCUUAUCGAAGACCACUAACGAUCGCGAACAACGUCGAGGAUACCGCAAUGCGGCUGCAAUGACAUCUCGCCUGUGCAUCGUUAUGGGAUCGAUAAUUGGCGGUCGGUAGCGCGAGCGAUCUCGACCUGUCUUCCCUUCAAGGAACGUCGUAUCGACCUUUCCUUCCAUCCGUCCGUCCGUCCGUCUGUCUGUACGAUCAUCUGGACCACGCGACAGUCCCGACAGGGUCCAAGCAACAUGUGGCGAGUCGUAGUCGCGCGUUCCGACGACAACAGCACUCUUCUGUCCUCCGAGAUCACUUCUGGCGCGGUCGCGCCUAGUCACCUGUCGACCUUGCCGGCGCCGCCGUCGGGUCACCAUUGGGGUUACCCGCCGCCGCCUCAUCAUCCUCCCUAUCAGUCGACGCAGCACCCGGACAUGCGUCACCACCAUCACCACCACCACCACCACGACAUGCGCCCGCCGGGAUCUCACGAGCUACGACAUACCGCCGGUGAUCUUAGGAGCCAGGAGCUGCGGCACCCGGAGAUGCAGAGGCAUCAGGAGCUGCCGCGCCACCAUCAGGACAUCCAUCAUCGAUCCGACGUGGUCAGACACCAGGACGUCCGGCAUCAGGACAUGCCGGGAAUGAGAUCGGACAUGCCAGAAAUGCGUUCCAGUCACGAGUACUUGGAGCUAAAGAUUGACACCGAGCUGAGAGCUCCAGAGAACAGUCAGCCGCAGCAGCAGUCGCAGCAACAGUCGCAGCAACAGCAGCAGCAGCAGCAGCAGCAGUCGCAGUCGCAGCCGCAGCAGCAACAGCAGCAACAGUCGCAGCAGAGCCAAGGCCACCAGCAGAGGAGCUUGAAGAGGGCCAUGAGCGACUCCGACUGCGACGACGUGUUCUCGGAGGAGAGCGGCAAGGAACCAUGCAACUCACCCGGAGGAGACUCCUGUCAACACGCGUCGCGGAAACGCAGAAGAGGGAUGAUCGAGAAGAAGCGUCGCGACAGGAUCAACGCGUCCCUAGGUGAGCUGCGGCGACUGGUGCCGGCGGCUGCGAGAGAUCCGCACAGCGGAAAGCUCGAGAAAGCGGAGAUCCUGCAGCUCACCGUCGAGCAUCUGCGUACGCUCCGCAACAAGGGACCGGAAGGAUACGACAGCACGAAACUCGCGAUGGACUACCACGCGGUAGGCUGGGGCGAGUGCGCUGCCGAGGUGGGUCGUUACCUGGUAACCAUGGAGGGUCUGGACGAGAGGGAUCCCCUUCGGCUACGGUUGCUGUCGCACCUGCAGAGCUUCCACCGCGAGCAUCCGCCGUCGGGCGCUGUGCCGUCGGCGGUGCCGCCGGCCACGUCGUUGACGUCGUCGUCCACUGCCAGCGGCUACGACCCGCCGAGCACAGUCUCUAGCGGUAUGCCAGCCGGACCAGCUAGCAUGCAGCAUCUUUUAAGCAGCAGCACCAUCGGCUGGAGCCAAUACCCGGGUCAGUAUCCCCAGCAACAACACGGGAAGCCUUACCGACCCUGGGGAACAGAACUGGCAUACUGAUCUCGUAGUUGACGCGCGACCGACAGCGAAUCGACCGGUGCAAGAGCGGUAUAAGUCGGUGAAGUUUCAAGUAGAAAGAAAAACAAAAAGACCGCCCUCUUCAAAGGCUCGUUUAUAACAAUAAUUAUCCCCCGUGGAUUAUUUUAUCGUUUCUACUUUACUUUUCUACUCACAGUUUACUAAGUGCAGUUGUAGAAAAGUUGAAAGGAAAUAUUACGACGUAGAUGAAUCUUUUAUCAGUGCUUUUUUAAUCAGCAAAUAAUUAGUAAUAAUAUUUAUUCCAUGUAGAAAGAAGGUAAAUCGACAUUAUAUCGCUCUUCUAUCGAUCGCGUCGGCGUGUGGAUUGGAUAGAACUCAGUUACCGCGCUUUUCGACGUUCGUCCUCACGUUGAUCGGUCGAUUGUACGUCACUUCUCUCGAGGGCUCAUCGAUAAUUUAGAGAAACUGUUCGAAGUUAGAGAGAAAUGCGAAUAUAUAUGUGUAUAUAUAUAUAUAUAUAUAUAAAGAUUUUCGAUAUGAGACACGUAGCUGCAACGUGAGAGGCAAACCUUAUCGUUUUCGUGUACAUACAUGUAUUUUUUACGAUACUUCGACAGUGUAUUUCAACGUAUCUCAGGAAUUCCGAGCGACCAAAACUGUAUAUCGAUGUAUUUAUACAAUGAGUGAGAUAAUGAUAGUCAUGCAAGUACCUAAUUAGGAUAAUACAAUAAAUUAUUGAUACGGGCAGCGCGCGCCGGACUCUGUAUAUAUGUACGGACUGUACAUACGCUCGUGUAAAUAAUAUAUGACGUAUUCGUAAUGUUUAUAUCGGGUUACUUCGUAAUCUCGACUUUACUGAUUCGUGCACCGUCGUUUCUUCCGAGCUCGCGCUAAUCGUCGGCGAUAAGCGAUUGCGCGAGCGCGCAAAGUCCAGCGAAAGAAGAAGAUGAGAAAGAAAUAAAAAAAAGAACACGCGCAGAGAUGGAAGAGGAGAAACGGCCGUGGUACGCAUGUCGGGACGUGCCAUUACGCAUUUCAGUGUAUACAUGUGAGAGAGGCCUGAGUAUUUUUGCAAUACAAUUUUGUAAUAAAACGAUAACA